UUAAUCAUCAUGGCUGCUACUAAGGAAUUUACCCGCCAAGAAGUGGCGCUCCGCGACGGUAAGAAUGGAAAUCCCACGUGGAUCAUCAUUCGCGAUAUGGUGUACGAUAUGACGGAUUAUCUGGAUGAGCAUCCCGGUGGACCAGAACUGAUCACCGACUACGCCGGCCGAGACGGAACGAAGGAUUUCGACGACUUUGGACAUUCUGGGGCAGCGAUGGAGUUGCUCAAAAAGUUCAAGAUAGGAGAGUUGAAUUAUUGCGAUCGUGCCAAGUUCCAGAAGCAGGGAUCUAAUUGGUCACCGGAUGGGGCUUGUGUUCUGCCGGAUAAGAAGCGCAGCAAACGGCGAAUGUUCAUCUUCUGCGGUUGAAAAUACGUGACUUGCAACCAGUGAUACUCGUGGGGAUUAGGGAUCUUAAGACAUACUGCUGCUUAGAGUAAUAUUUUGU